AUGGGUAGGAUAAAGAAGAAGGGAGAGGCGGGAAACGCCAAAAAUUUCAUCACCCGAACGAAAGCCGUGAAGAAACUCCAGAUCAGCCUUCCCGACUUUCGAAAGCUGUGCAUAUGGAAAGGCAUCUUCCCUCGGGAGCCUCGCAGUAGGAAAAGGGUGUCGAAGAGCGCCACCUCCUCGACCACCUUCUACUACACCAAGGACAUACAGUAUCUCCUCCACGAGCCGUUGUUGCGGAAAUUCCGCGAGCAGAAAGUCCUCGAGAAGAAAAUCUCUCGCGCGCUCGGUCGCGGGGACGUGACCGAUGCGAGCCGACUCGAGCGCAACGCCGCCCAACCCGAGAAGACGGGAAAGCCGCGAUACACGCUCGACCACGUCAUCCGGGAACGAUACCCGACCUUCGUCGAUGCGCUGCGCGACCUCGACGACUGUCUUUCUAUGCUCUUCCUCUUCGCUAACCUCCCCUCCACCACCACCGUCCCCGCCAAGAUGAUUGCCCGCUGCGAGCGCCUGUGCUUCGAAUUCCAGCAUUAUAUAAUUGUGUCGCGCAGCUUGCGCAAGUCUUUCCUCUCCAUCAAAGGCAUCUAUUAUCAGGCGAAUAUCCAGGGGGAAGAUGUCCUGUGGCUGGUUCCUUAUAAAUUCAACCAGAGGGUGGUUGGGGAUAUUGAUUUUAGAAUCAUGGGUACCUUCGUCGAGUUCUACAUGACUCUCCUGGGCUUUGUCAAUUUCCGAUUAUACUCCUCUGUCGGCCUGAGGUACCCUCCCAAGUUCGAUAAGGCCAAGGACGACGAGGCUGCCGAGCUGGGCGCAUUCAAGCUCGAGGGCAAUAAUGCGCUGGCUGCUUCGAGCCAGGCGCCAGCGCAAGUGACGGGCGGUGCCGACGCAGAAACUGGACCCGACCCGCAGACCCAGGCCCAAGUGAAUAAGCUCAUCCGGCAGAUGAGAGAGGCCGAUGUAGAGGGCGAUGAGGCCGAGGUCGAGGCUGGAGAGGAGGAGACGGCGGUCGAUGCGAUCGACAAAUUUGAGCCGGUGGCGCCUGGCGGCGACGUCUUGCCCCAGCCUAGUUAUUCGGGGGAGGAGACUGAGUCGCUGUUUGCGAAUUUUACCUUCUACUUAUCUCGAGAAACACCACGACAGCCUCUAGAGUUCAUACUCCGUGCGUUCGGCUGUAAGCGCAUCGGCUGGGACGCCGUCUUGGGCGGAGGUGCCUACACGACUGACGAGCGUGACCCGUCGAUUACGCAUCAGAUAGUCGACCGCCCUGUCAUCCAAGCGGCCUCGCAGAAGGAAGACGGCGGAGACGAAGGUGAGACAUCGCAGCAGCUUGCCUCCAACCAAAGGAUGCCGGGUCGGAUUUACGUGCAGCCGCAGUGGAUUUGGGAUAGUAUCAACGACGGGGAGCUGAAGCGACCGGAUCUCUACGCCCCCGGAGCUCAGCUGCCGCCGCAUCUGAGCCCAUUCGUACAAAAUACCCAGGGCGCCUACGACCCCACAAUGCCUCUGGAGCAGCAACAACCAGAAGGCGAAGGGCUAGAGGAUAGCGACGAAGAACUGGGCGAAGGUGAAGAAGCGGACGAUAGUCUCGCCGUUAAGAGGAUAGAAGGUGCAGCUGAGGGGAUGGACCUUGCCCGGUCUGACGAUGAAGAGGGUGGCGAUGGCGAUAAUGGCUCAUUCGGGGGCUUCUCGGACGACGACAAUGCUGCCGGCGAGGAUGAUGCGGACGAGUCGGAAGAUGAGGCGCUCGCAGCCGAGCUCCAGUACCAGCGGGAACUAGAGGCGGAAUUGACGGGCAAACCGGUCAAGCGGGAUACGGCGAGCCCUCAAUCCAAGGCCAAGGUUGAGGCGAGAAAGCGACUCGCGAAGCAGGCCAAAGAAGAGGCGGAAGAGCUCGAGAGGGCGAAGGGAAUGCUUAGCAAGAAGAAGAGGAAGCUGUUCGAGCAGAUGCAGUACAGCAACAACAAGAAGAGCGCCGAGGACCAGAAGCUCAGGGCGAAGAGGAGAAAACUGGAGAAGCAGAAGACGAGGGCAAAGGCGUAA